GGCUCGGAAACGAUCGGAGUUGGAAGAUCAAAUGGGGCAGUGUCGUAUAGCUAUAUAAAAUGGUCGUGAAGAAGUGAGGAAGGAGAAAUGAGAAUAGAGAACUUUUACUACCAAGAAACGUGAUUAUCACACGAUCCGAAUACUUGACAGUAUGCCAACAUCAAAUUAUGUUUCAUUGCCGACAUCUCGCACCGCCGUCGUAACGGGCGAUGAUCACCGCCUCCGUAUCGAGCGCAAUGCACCAAUCCCUUCACUCCGAUCCAACGAGGUUUUAGUCCAGGUGAAGGCCGUGGCCAUUAAUCCAUGCGAUUUCAAGAUGCACACGCGUUUUCCUUGUCCUGGGGCGGUGGACGGUUGCGACUUUGCCGGAGUGAUUGUCGCGGUGGGUUCGGAGGUGGCUGAUUUCGAGAUCGGAGACAGAGUCUGCGGCGCAGUUCACGGCUCGAAUCCGCUUCGGCCCGAAUCGGGCUCCUUCACCGAGUACAUGCCGUCCGAGUCCGAGUUCACACUAAAAAUCCCAGCCGACUUGUCGUUCGAACAGGCUGUGGGGUUGGGAGUGACUGGUGUGGGGACAUUGGGCAUGGCGCUGUUCAAGGUACUGGCUUUGCCCGGAAGCGUGGACGAACCGGCGGCGAAGCCACGGACAGUGCUUGUGCACGGUGGUAGUUCAUCGGUGGGAACCAUGGCAAUUCAGUUGCUGCGACUCAUCGGACAUGUACCCAUAGCUACUUGCUCUCCCCGAAACUUUGCAUUGGCCAAAAAGUUUGGUGCCGAGGAGGUCUUUGACUACAAUUCUCCAGACUGCGCUAAAGAUAUCAAGGCCUAUACCAAAAACACUCUUGCCUACAUACUUGAUCCCUUUACUGAUGUGAAGAGCGUCGACCUCUGCUACAAAGCCAUGGGUCGUGCUGGAGGCCGUUAUUGCUGCUUGGAGAUGUAUCCAGAGUACAUUCUCGAGCGCAAAUCUAUCAAGGUCGGCUUUGUAAUGGGACCACUUUUGUUGGGCCACCGGCUUGCGCUAAGCCAAGGUUACGAGCGAGACGAGGAUCCCGAGAUGCGUGCGUUCGGCAUCCAAUGGUAUAAGGAUGUGCAAAAGAUUCUAGACCAGGGUUUAUUAAAACGACACCCAAUGAGAGUUUUGGGCAACAGCUUUGAAGCAAUGAUAGAAGGGGUUGAUAUGUUGCAGCGGAAAGAGAUUUCCGGGGAGAAACUAGUCGUCGCCGUUGAUCACAAGUAAGCACCGAUCGCACGAUUCGGCUUUCGGGGAGACUAAGGUGAGGGCGGAUUAAGCUUGGUCAUCGGCGGGGAUCAGGUGUUUGCUCUUAGGUGAGGAUUAUGUUUGCUCAGG